CUGCUCAUUUUCCCCACUCGGGGGGUGACAGGGAGGGAGAGGACUCUGGGAUAGUUGCCUCCUCGCCUCCUCGAAGUCAGGAACAGGAGGGCUGGGCCUCUGCAGCACCCCUAGCCGCCUGGGCCACCCGUGCUCCUUCCCCUUCAGUGAGACGGAUUCCUGUCCCCUUGGUAGCUUCUUUCCUGCGCAGCCUGGCACUCAGACACUCACAGGCCCCAGGCUGCACGCUAGGGACCAGGGAUGGAUUUACCCCGGCCUCCUGACCCCCCUUAGAUCCCCUUCCUUGGGAGUUAUAAUUGGGCCGGACAAUGACACAGUGUUGGGGGAGCAUAAAGGACUGAGUGAACCGUGGCCGCAGCUUUUGGUCUCUUCCCUCCCCACUUUCUGCCUCCCUCUGUCACCCAUUCCCUUCACUCCGCUUUCCCUGCACAGGGGGAGGGGACUGGGCCCGCCGCCGCCGCCCCUUUAAGAGAGGCCCCGCCCACGCGCAGGGGGCGGGCCCAGGGCGGGGCCGGAGGCCUCUGGGAAGGAACAAAGCGCGGCCUGCGGGCGCUGGGCUCGCCGGUGCGGCCCGGGGAGCGGGCCCGAGGGCGGCAGCCAGCGGACGGCGGAGCGGAAGGCGCCGGCCCGGCCAUGAACGGGCUGCCCUCGGCCGAGGCGCCGGGCGGCGCGGGCUGCGCGCUGGCCGGGCUCCCGCCGCUGCCGCGCGGCCUCAGCGGGCUCCUGAACGCCAGCGGCGGCUCGUGGCGGGAGCUGGAGCGCGUCUACAGCCAGCGCAGCCGCAUCCACGACGAGCUGAGCCGCGCGGCCCGCGUCCCGGACGGGCCCCGCGGCGCCCCGGGCGCUGCCAACGCCGGCCCCGCCGCCGGCGCCCCCGGCCCGCGGCGCCCGGUCAACCUGGACUCGGCUCUGGCGGCGCUGCGCAAAGAGAUGGUGGGGCUGCGGCAAUUGGACAUGUCCCUGCUGUGCCAGCUGUGGGGCCUGUACGAGUCUAUCCAGGACUACAAGCACCUGUGCCAAGACUUGAGCCUGUGCCAGGACCUGUCCUCCUCCCUGCAUUCAGACAGCUCCUACCCACCUGAUGCUGGCCUGUCUGAUGACGACGAGCCUCCUGAUGCCAGCCUGCCCCCAGACCCGCCUCCCCUCACUGUGCCCCAGACGCACAAUGCCCGUGACCAGUGGCUGCAAGACGCCUUCCACAUCAACCUCUGAAGAGCUGGGGGGGGGGGGGGGGAUGUACCAUGCAAAAGGCUCAGAAACUUCCCCCCAACAAGUACUCAGACUCUAGUGCCUGCUUUCCCCCAUGCCACCUCACUCCACCCCUCAGAGGCACAGCUGCCAGCCUCCUCUGUCUAGGUUGGCUGGCCCUGGGGCAGGCACCUGGGCUACAGCCUCUGCCCAUGGCACUGGCCUCCACUUCUCCACGUGUAUGCACCUCAGCUUAGCCAGCUCCGUCUGUCAGCGGGCCCAAAGCAUCUUGCUCUCCCUUGGUGUCUCUGGGAUUGGGAUGGGUAUCUGGCUCCCAUCUCCCUUUCCCCUGCUGCUGCUGUUGGCAGCUGCUGGCUCAGGGGCAUGCCACCUCCGUCCCUGGCUUCCCCUGCCCUCCACAAGGGCUCCAGGACCCAAUCCUGCACUCGCCCACGGCCUGGAGGGCCAUGACUCUGCAGGGCAUUUAAGUUUAGGGGCCAGCCCCCUGGGCCAUAGAUAAAUAAAUACUCUCAGCGU